GGGUGAAGACUAUUCCGUGAAAUUUCGUGACCAUGGCAGAGGAACUGAUUUACCGGCAGUACUUUUACAACUACCAUCAUCAGCAUCAAGCGAUGGAUUUCACUCCGCCACCGAGCAGUCCGGAAUUCAUCCCGUCCACACUGAGCUACUUUCCGGAAUCCUUCGAAGUGCCACAGUACAACAGCGACACCGAGUGGGUGACGGCCAGCCCGGUAAGCUUUGGAUCGACGAGCCCGUCCACUGACUACAGUUCACCAGGUCAAAUCAAUACCACGCUGAAACCUCCAACUCGGCCGCUAUCCAACUCCGCCAAGGUUCUGAGUCAGAUAGAACAGCUCGAGGACAGCAGUGCAUCGGAUAGUGAUCUCCUGGCCAACAGUGAUAUCCCCACGAAGAUCAAGAUCAAGCGAGGUACGGUGAUUCCAACGGUGAUCAAGCGCAAACGGCGUUUGGCGGCCAAUGCACGGGAACGGAAGCGCAUGAACGGACUGAACGAGGCCUUCAAUCGACUGAGGCAGCAUCUUCCCGCGGGUGGAGACGAUCGGCAGCUGUCCAAACACGAGACACUGCAGAUGGCGCAAACUUACAUUACGGCACUGUGCGAUUUGUUGGUGUAGGGUGGUGUAGAAGCAGAAAGAGAGGUUCGUCGCUGUUAGGCCAUAGAUGGGGGAAACCAAGUCAUUAAGUUAAUUCCGUACGUCGUUUAUUAAGUUAUUGCUAGGAUAUUUGUCAGUUUUAACGAUUAAAAUGGUUCCAAUGUAUGUUUUACAUAGUUUAGUAGGAAAUGAAGCAAUAGAUGAAAUAAACUAGUACAAUUAAGUAUGUUAAA